CCAUCGUGGUACGUAUAAUCUGAUCUGAGGAGAUGACCAUGGCAAGUCGCGGCUUUCUUAUUGCGUCCAUUUUGGUGGUUGUCCUUGGUUACACCCUGUACACACCCCUACCUGAGGGCAUCGCUGAACCAUGGAAGUUGCGCAUUAUCCUUGCUAAUUUAAAGAUACUACAUGCUUUUACAUAUUUUGGUGAAAAAAUUGGACUGGAUUCCAGGUUGAAUUUGACAAGAAAAGCUUUGCACACGAUGUUAUCAUUUGGUUCUCUAGAUAGCAGAGUGCAGGCUGAGGACUACAGUUUUGAUGGGGUCAAAGUGAGAAUAUAUCGUCCAAAAGCAGAAGAAAACACAGUAUUACCAGGACUUGUGUAUUACCACGGCGGGGGCUGGGUCUACCUUAAUGUGGAUUGCUACGACAGUCUGACUAGUUACAUAGCGGCUGAAGCUAACAUAGCGGUUGUCUCUGUGGACUACAGACUGGCACCAGAACACCCUUUCCCAAUUCCCUUUGACGAUUGUGUGACGGCCACAGUACAUCUGCUUAGGAAUGCAAAGAAUUAUAAAAUUGACUCCCGUCGUAUUGGUAUAGCAGAAUUUUCUAAGAGAUUCCACACGGGAGACUUGCCAGAGCUGUUGCGUGCUCAGCAGGGUAGCCUGGAGCAGUUUGAAGAAAACCAGAUACCUUGUACAUGUGAUCUUUGUCGUGACAUCACUCAAGUGUGUUUGAAUUGUUUAGGAGAUGAUGCGGGCGGUCAGCUGGCUGCUGCAAUAGCCAUUCGUCUGUCAUUUGAGACUCGCCUUCCAACAAUCCGCUUCCAGGCCUUGAUCUACCCUCUGUCCCAGUCAUUUGAUUUCAGCACGCCGUCGUACAUCAUGUACGCUGACACGACAGUCGAUUUGAUUGACCGGACGGAGGCCAUUCUCAGGUGGCUUUAUUACUACCAGGGUCAUCUGGAGGGAUUAGAAGAUGCCUUGAGAAAUAAUCAUACGUCAGCUGUGCUCAAAGUUUCUGAAUAUUCCCAACAUGUGAAUCCUUCCGCACUGCCAGACGGCUACAAAACCAUUGCCAUCAAACGCCAGCAGUCGCCUCGGCUGGAGAACUCACCGCUGGCGCUGAAGUUUGAAGAUUUCCUUUUGAAUCCUUACGCCAAUCCUCUCAUGGCAGCUGAAAUGACUCAUCUGCCACCAACGUUCAUACUGACGGCUGAAUUUGACGUUUACAGAGAUGAUGGGCUGUUUUUCGCCAAACGCCUUGUGAAUGCAGGCGUCAAAGUUGAACACGUUCAUUACAGAGGUGACGAAGCUGGUGGAAAUCUGGCGGCUGCCAUAGCCAAUCGGUUGUCCUUCGAAAUUCGGCUUCCACCAAUCAAAUUCCAUGCCUUGCUGAAUCCAGGUCCAAUCCCUUUUGAUUUUAAGACUCCAUCGUACAUGGCCAACGAUAUGGUGACGUCUGACAUAAUGACAGGAAAAAUGCUGGUGACUUUGUGGUUGUAUUACUAUAAAGGCCGUGUGGAAAAUCUGGAGGACUUCUUAACCAACAAUCACACAGCCCCUCUGAUGAAGAUAUCAGAGUACGCCCAGCAUGUUAGUCACGAUCUACUACCAGAGGCGUUUCAGUCAACGCCGGAAGAGAUAACGGACACAGAUUUUGGGAACCCGGUCUUAGCGCUGGCAUACGAGGACUUUUUGUUGAACCCUUACGCCAACCCUCUGAUGGCGUUAGAACUGACUGCCCUGCCCCCAGCGCUGGUUACCACGGCCGAGUUUGACCCUGCGCGCGAUGAUGGGUUUUUCUACUCCCUGCGUUUGGUGGACUCCAAUGUGACCAUUACCCAUAAGCAUUAUGAAGCGGGAUUUCAUCUCUUCACACCAUUUAUUAAUUGCCCGCUAGAAUUGGACGUGUCCAAAUCUGCCGCUGUGGAGUUAGUCAUAUACGUCAAAAGUGCCUUAAAACUUAAAAGAUGAAAACGAAUUGAUUUGGCGAAAUUUGAAAGAAUAAAAGAAAACAGCUUAGUAUGUAUGGUCCAAGCUUUUGUACUAAACUCAUCUUAAAAAUCUUUUAAGGAUAUAACCAUUGUAUAGGUGUGUGAUAGGCAACGAUGCCGUAUUGUUCACAAAUAAUAAUAAAUCUGAUACGCUGCACCCAACACAUAUUCGUUACCGGUUGUGGGAACACCUGCUGUACAGUGCCAGGCAGGAGGAUAAAGGAUAGCAGCUCCAGUAGGCGGUCAUGACGACAGCGUGACCCAAGUGUAGGACGACAUCGUGACCCAAGGACAAGACGACAUCGUGACAUGUUUGGGCAUGUCGCAGUUAUUCCCAGUUUCUGUUUGCUUGUUUUGCUAUGUAUCUCACAAAGUACUGCAGUGUGAUGUGAAUCAGCGUAAGGGGUGGUAUCUGGAAAAGAACUCCAGUAGUGAGCUGAGGCUUUGCAUACAUGUAGAGCACAGUUGCACGGGGAGGAUGUUCCAUCGUUGAUGAAUUGUGGGCAUAUUAAUUAAAAAAUUCACAACUUCAUCACUCAAAGUAUUAUACUGAGCUGAAGUUUUGCGACCAUGUCUCUUCCACAGGCGAGCUCUUCCGUAGCCUUUCUACCAAAUAUUUUUUUUUUACAAAGUAUCCGUCUGUACUAUGCAUGUAUAUGUCCAACAGAAAUGA